AUGGCACCGACAUUCUACCAGGUUCAUCUGAAUCAUGCCAUCCCAAACCUUGACGGGGCAUUUCAAAUCACCUGUUCGCCGGCUACUGACAUCUGGGACAAACCUCCCUCAACUCACGCCUUCAAUGCGCCCAUCAUAUAUCAGACCACAACAGUGGGUUCUUUCAGGUCCGCCCGUGUCAGGGUAUCGGCUGCCUGGAAGGAUAAGUACGACCAGGGAGGACUUUGUCUCAUCAUCCGGACAACCGACACCAUCCGCUGGGUGAAAACUGGAAUCGAGUUCCUGAACGGAGAGCCGAACGUGAGCGUCGUCGCUAAGGACCGCUGGGCAGACUGGAGUCUCAGACCCUCAUUGUCAGAGUCCAGCCCCGGUGCAACUAUCGAGAUGGAAUCCGCGGAGGAUGGCAGCCUGUGGGUAUGGCUCGUAGACUCAAAUGCUCAGAAAUGGCCAUUGAGAGAGGUGACUUGGUGGGGAGAUCUCGAGAAGGACGUGGAAUGCUGGAUUGGGGUUUACUCUGCAAAGCCUGCUCCGCAUGGUGAGAAGGAGGAUCUGGUUGUCCAUUUCGAUGAGCUGUCUAUUCAAACAGAGAUGGAUACGUAA